AUGGCGAACACAGCACAAUUGAUUCGUCGACAAAGCUCGCGGGAUUUAUAUGCCCAACGCUCCUUGGAACGCAUGGAGAUGAAAGAACUACGUGGUCGACUUGUAAACAUGGAAAACGGUCAUCCCUCCCAUCGAGCCCACGUUAUGUACGGUGCGACAAACCAGGCCUUCGAAGACACAAGCCCGAGGCAAGCAUCAGAAACACCGAGUAAGGAAAGCUCCGUAGAAGAAAAGGCUUUUAAGCCCGAAAACGGAGAAACAGAAAGAGAGUCGUGGGAUAGCAAGUUGACCUUUCUCUUAGCUACCGUUGGGUAUGCCGUGGGAUUGGGUAAUGUGUGGAGGUUCCCUUACCUCGCGCAGAAGAAUGGUGGUGGUGCAUUUCUGAUACCUUACUUUGUGAUGCUUGCAAUUGAGGGGAUACCAAUAUUUUACCUAGAACUAGCCAUCGGACAGCGCCUCCGGAAGGGUGCGAUUGGGGUCUGGCAUCAGGUGUCUCCGUAUUUAGGCGGUAUCGGGAUCAGUUCAGCUGUGGUCUCUUUUAAUGUGGCAUUGUACUACAAUUCCAUAAUAGCGUGGUGUUUGUUCUACUUCGCUCAGAGCUUCCAAGCUGAGCUGCCGUGGUCCGAGUGUCCGAAGAAGUACUUCAAAAAUGGUUCCUAUAUUACUGAACCCGAAUGUGCUGCGAGCAGUCCCACCCAAUAUUUUUGGUACAGAACCACUUUACAAAUAUCAGAAGACAUUAAUUAUCCGGAAACGUUUAAUUACAAGAUAGCUCUCGCCCUCAUCAUCGCCUGGAUCCUAGUAUACAUGUGCAUGAUAAAAGGAAUCGCGUCUUCAGGAAAAGUGGUUUACGUAACUGCUACUUUUCCAUACAUAGUACUAGUAAUAUUCUUCUUCAGAGGUAUAACUUUGAAAGGAAUGAGUGAUGGCCUAAUACAUUUAUUUACACCGAAGUGGGAGAGGAUCUUAGACCCCGUUGUCUGGUUGGAGGCGGGGACACAAAUAUUCUUCUCGCUUGGAUUAGCCUUCGGUGGCCUAAUCGCCUUCAGUUCAUAUAACCCUGUGGACAAUAACUGUUAUAGAGAUGCGAUAAUGGUCUCUAUGACUAACUGCUUAACGUCCAUGUUUGCUGGAAUCGUAGUAUUUUCGAUUAUCGGCUUCAAAGCCACUAUGGUGUACGAGAAAUGUUUGAGUUCAAGAAACGAGACUCUGUUAGAACUCUUCGGAUCGGGUUAUAGGAGUAUGGUUUUUCCUGAACCAGGAGACAAUGUGACUGUUAGGCUAAAUGGGAGUCUGACGCGUUUGGUGAUGCCCCAUCUGCCGGAGUGUGACUUGCAGAAAGAACUGGAUAAUACCGCAUCUGGCACAGGCCUCGCCUUCAUAAUAUUUACAGAAGCUAUUAAUCAAUUCCCCGGAGCCCAAUUCUGGUCCGUGCUAUUCUUUCUCAUGCUGUUCACGCUGGGGAUCGACUCUCAAUUCGGGACGUUAGAAGGAGUCGUCACCUCCAUCGUAGACAUGAAGCUAUUCCCAAAUCUACGAAAGGAAUAUUUAACUGGGGGGAUUUGCUUACUAUGCUGUCUUCUAUCUAUGGGUUUCGCACACGGAGCGGGUAGUUACAUAUUUCUUCUCUUCGACAUGUACAGUGGAAAUUUCCCGCUAUUGAUAAUAGCGCUGUUCGAAUGUAUCGGCAUAUCUUACGUAUAUGGAGUUAAGAGAUUCGCUGACGAUAUUGAAUCAAUGACGGGCCAACGACCUGGCAUAUACUGGCUUAUAUGUUGGAAGUAUCUAUCACCUUUAGCCAUGAUUUCAAUACUCAUAUCAUCGUUCGCUGAACUGGCUGUUGAAGGUUCGGGCUAUGACGCCUGGAUUAGCUCAGAAGGGGAUACUGUAAGGAAGCCUUGGCCUGUUUGGGCGAUUUUGCUAGUGUUGGUCUUGGUCUUGGCAUCUGUACUGUGGAUUCCUGGUUUAGCUAUUUGCAGAUACUUCGGAAUACAAGUGAUAGAAGACGAAGAACGCGCCUGGUUCCCGGCUGAAGAUCUACGUGAUUUCCAUGGCAUAGAGCCGCAUACCGUCUCUACUUUGGAGACAAUUUUAUUCUGCACGAGACCAGAUGGUACCGAUGGUUGUUGCUGGCCAGGCUGUUGCGAAACAGAUGAUGAUGAGUAG